UGAAUAUAUAGGGGCUUGACCAUUGAAGCUGCACACAGUAGUAUCAAGGCGGUCAUCAGGUGAAAAAGAGAAUCAAUAUUUUUAUCAAGCAGCAAGACAAGGUGAGGGUACCAUGUUUAUGUUGAAGAUCUCUGCCUUCCUUGUCGCUUAUGCCGCAGUCGUGUGCCAGAUGUACAGCUCAAACGCUGCUCCAGCAAGACCUGGUUCAGAAUCUCUGACAGACAGAUUUGCGCUCAUGGACUACGAAGCACGAAGAUUACUGAGUGCUAUAGUCAAAAACGUAGUGCAGAUGACAGCGGAGGAACUGGAGCCGACAAAUGAUGACAACAGCAAGCAGAAGCGCGCGUGUAACACAGCCACGUGUGUCACUCACCGUCUGGCGGACUUCCUGAGCCGCUCCGGUGGGAUGGGCAACAGCAACUUCGUCCCGACUAACGUGGGCUCCCAAGCAUUCGGCCGUCGGAGGAGAAACUCGCGGAUGUGAGUGGCUCCAGUCAUGCGGGCUGUGAACUCGGGGCCAAUUCAUUUUAAAUCGGAGAGAACAGAACAACUACAGCUACAGAAAUCGUCUCACAUUCCAAGCUGAAACAAGCGGUAUUCUCGGCAAUGAUCUCUCUCAACAAGGCGGAAUUUUAAAAAUGCACUUAAGCACUUGUGUUAUUAUUCCUUAUGUAUUGACAGAGUGUCUAAAAUACAGAGACAUCUAGAUUUUUAUACAAAAUAAAUCAGAUUGAUAAAGACAUUGAGUGUUUAUUCUCCAUCUCUUUGAGGACUGAAUAAAUCCAGCCUAAUCAAGACUUAAGGACGGCUGUGCAUAUGUGCCUUCUUGCUUGUGUAGGUUGUGAUAAUAAAUGGGAAAUACAAUAGAUAUUAACUUUGUGAUUGUUACGAACUUCUGAGAAGAUUAAAUGUAUUGUGGAUUCAAAAGGCUGCUUUGGGAGAGCAUCUGUUCUGUUCUCACUCAGCUUUCUAAACAAACAGGUGAGACCUGCUGAACUGCCCACAUACAAAGAAUCCCACAGGACUCACAAACAUGACUUCAUUCAGCAUCCUCUCUCUAAUUGAAUCUCAUGGUAUCGUUUCACAUCUGCGGGGUCUGUUGUAAACCUGUAGCAGGUGAAGAUAAGGGCCAUUAACAUCAGGAAAUGACAAAAAAAAAAAAAAAAACUAUUGAGUGAACUCCAAAAUGGCUUGGACUUGAUAUAAUCCUGUUACAAUAGAGCUUGUUACAGCUUUGCUGACAUUGUGGGUUUAAAAUGCAUUAGCUAAACCAUCAAAUAUACGUUCGAUCAUUCAUCAAGUCCUGUCAGUUUAGACCUUUCCUGACCCGUCCAGUUCAUUCAUUCAAACUUGAGAAAGUGUUGUGCCAUCAUCGUCCAACAGAUGGCAGAAUGAGUCUCAUUUUAAAAGCCCACUUUUAAAAAUCAAUUUUACUUUAAAACGAAUGGUUUUGAUGGUUAUUUAAAAAUAGAUAUGAAGUUGCUGGUAUCAUGCAGCUAGCUGAAACAAACCCUUUAAACAAAGCAACUUCAGGGGUUUGUUUCAACUGCUCUCUAUAGCACACUUCUCUCUUCAAAUUGUGUCUGUGGGAUUUUUCAUCAAUAGGUGAAAACAGCAGUUGAGAUCAUUCAUGUCUGCAACACAAACACUGGA